AUGGAAGACACCGGACGAUCAACAACUAUAACGCUGACGACAGAAGAGUUGGAGAGGCUGAUCCAAGCCGGAGUGGCAAGAGCAAUGGAACAACAACAGCGAAUGCUAGCCGAUCGACCGACACAGGAGCCAGCCAUCUCAGGAUCUGGCCAUCCUGUAGAUCCUGGUCGCGGAGUUGAACCCAUAACCCACCCGGACGUGGGCAAGAGAUCAGACACGAUCGGGCCAGCACCAAACGCACCAAUCCCUUUUCACCGAGCAUUGUUUAGGACGCCCUCAGAGGAAGGAGGCAGAGCCCGCCGAGACCGAGGUUCCUCGUCAGAUGAGGCGCUCGAAAGGGAUGCGAGGAAGGGAAAAGCGCCACGAGACGGAGACUCGCCCGAACGGAUCAACGACCAGUUCUCGCGAGGAAUCAUGGAGGAUCCCUUACCUCGCCACUACACCCCAUUGGCAAUUGGGGAGUACAAUGGGAGCGCCGAUCCAGAUGAUCACUUGGCCAAGUUCGACAACGCGGCUACUCUACAUCAGUACACCGAUGGGGUGAAGUGCAGGCCGCCGACAUCAGAAAACGAGCGUCAACUUGUUUUCACUGAAGCAAGGUCCCCGAGAAGCGCUCAGAGCAUACAUUCAACAAUUUUUAACCAGACGGCGAUGGACAUACCAGCAGUCUCAUCAGAAGUGCUGGUAAACGCUUUCACUCAAGGGCUCGUAGAGGGUGAGUUCUUCCGAUCCAUCAUCUGCAGACCCCCGAAAGAUUUCCCUCAUCUCCAAAGGAAGGCCACGGAAUACAUCAACGUGGAAGAAGCACAAGCGGCCCGAAGGAAAGAGACGCCUGCCGAGCCUCAACUGGUGGCCGAUCGGAGGAGACCAAGCAACCACCAGCCUCCGACCGGUCCCAGGGUCGCGGGGUUGCAACCGUAUCCCGAGUCGAGAACGCAUGCAGUCCAUAUGGAGGCUGCCCAACUCAAGAAGGGCAAAAAGUGGACCCCGAUGUUCUGUAAGUUCCAUCAAUCAGGGACGCACAACACGUGGGAGUGCCUAGGCGACCCUAAUGUGCAUCGGCCCGCGCCAAAGGAGUAUAGACGUCGAUCGCCUACGCCGGAUCGGCAGCAUGAGCGCCGAAUCGACCGAAAAACCGAGGGUCGAAUGGCUCACAAGCCACGGGAGCAUCAUCCCCGAGAAAGAAACCCUACUCACACCUCGACCGAUCGGAACAAACAUUCAGUGCGAGAAGAGGAGAACAGAAGGAAUGCUUCCCGUGGAGAAAUUGGGAUGAUCUUAGGUGGCCCGACCGAGGGAGAUUCCAACCUAGUCCGGAAGGGCCACGCGAGGCAGCUGACCAUAUAUGCGGUAGGGUGCAGCAAGGAGAAGGCAGUGGGGACCGAGAUCAGUUUUGGCCCUAAGGACUUGGAGGGGAUCGAGAUCCCUCAUGAUGAGGCACUGAUCAUCAAGGCGGUGAUCGCAAAUUACACCAUUCGUCGGACUUUCAUCGACACAGGAAGCUCGGUAAAUAUUAUUUUCAAACAAGCAUUUGAUUUAUUGCAGAUUGAUCAGGCUAAACUCCUGCCCAUGGCAACACCGCUAUAUGGCUUCACCGGCAAUGAAGUCUCGCCAAUCGGGCAGACGAGGCUGGUCGUCUCGCUUGGAGAGGAGCCCCUGAUUAGGACGCGCACCACGAAUUUUAUCAUGGUAGAUGCGCCCUCGGCGUACAACAUGAUAUUGGGUCGACUGGCCCUUAACGAAUUUCGGGCGGUAGUGUCGACCUACUGCAAAAAGAUCAAAUUCCCGGUGGGGAAUCUGGUAGGCGAAGUUCGAGGGGACCAAGCGGCAGCCCGGCGGUGUUAUGUUGAGAUGGUCAAGGCGGACACUAAAGCCGCCAGGAAAUGCCCCCGAUUGGAAGUAAACGCCAUCAGAGAAAAGCCGCCCCCACUGGUAUACGACAACAAGAAGGAGGUGUAG